UUCGUGAGCUCGCGUGUUAACAUAUCUCCUGAGUAUCGAUCGAGUUUUGUGAGCGAAACAAUGGCAAAUCGAAGCCGACCGAGUGACAUCGAUCGGAUCUGCGAGGCGAUACAUGGCUUACAGAAAUCCUUAGAGUGUACAAUUUGUUUGGAGUUCCUGAGAGAACCUAUGAAGACUGUAGGGAAGGUGUUACAAAUAAAAGACGCUUCUUGUCCACUAUGCAAGAAGAGUCUUAAUAGACGCAACAUUUCCAAGGAUGAUGAUCUGCAAACUUAUAUCAAUAAGUUCAAAAAUCUUGUCACUGCCAUCCAGAAUGAUACUAACAUCGAAUAUACUGAACUAUUAUCGCACUCGAAGAAGUCCUGCAAUACGAAGGAAAGCUAUUCUUAUUCAGAUUCUAGACAGCCUAACCAAGAUUCUAACAAAGAAAAACGUUUUGAGAAAGAGAGGUCUAGUUGUCAAUCGAAUCAAAACGCGAAUAGGCAAACCGACAAACCAUCGACAAGCCGUGAAACAAUGAUUGAUCGUGGUAAUCCGCGAUGCGGUUUAAACGUGUCAAACAAGAAGCCUGCAACUUUACCGAAUCUCUACUCUGCUUUUCCUAGCGAUGAGACUCAUAUCACAUCGGAUGCCAAAAUUCGCACGUGGCUACACCAAUUUCCCAAUAAUCUAAGUAAACCCGAUAAAUCGGAUAUCGAGGAUUCGAUCGCGGAAAACAUAAUAUCACCGAUCGAAGAUAAAGCUAAGUCAAUUAUCCCAAUAUCCGACAACAAUGGUAAAUCUGACGAGAUCGUCGAAGUACAUCGCAACAGAAUUAACGCAAGGCGCCGGUCAAAUCGAGAUAGAAAACAGAGUACGGAUUGCUCAGAACGUAUCGACGAAGUCCCAGAUAACACGUCCCAGGUGAACAAAGGGGCGAACCAGAUUGACAAAGUAAUAGAGCUAAAUUCCACUUCAAGCAAAUUGAAAUACAAGACGCUUCGCGCCAAAAUACGUGCAAAGGAAAAUCGUGAGAAGAAUGCGAAGUCGAGUAUUGAGGAGGCUAACAGUCAAAAUAACUCGACGUGGAUGACAACGUACGAUCCAAAUGCGACAUCUCCGCCUUCGUGUCUGGGUACGAGGAGCACAUCUACGAUCAGCGAGCAAUUCACCGCGAACUGGUCCUCUAUGAUCGAGUUUGAGAAAGAGAUGAACCGCGGGAGCAAGAGAAAGGUAAAGAAACUGAACGUGAGCAUCGAGAAAAAUAAAACUCUACCUCAGAUAAUCGAGAACGUUGUACUCUCACAGAGUAGCAAAUACGAUUCGGCUAGACUUGCGGCAAGUCAUAAAAAAAGCGAAAAAGAGACGAACAUAUCGCUAGAGUCGAGUGGUCGGAAACAGGAUGCGAUUGAUAAGAACUUGAAUUUAUCAGACGCAAAAAUGAAAGCGUUGAUUGACACGAACAAUCAGACGAAAUUAUUUGACAAAGAUGGGGCCAACUCAAAUCAAUCGUAUUCUAUGAACACAACGUAUGCCACAUUGGAGGAAGGCAGCCAAACAGACAUAAUAAACCUAAAUAUCAAUCAAAUAAGCAAAAUUAUUGGCCUCGAUAAUGUCACGGAAGAUCGAGAUUGUGAAGAAAAUGCCGCUGAUUAUAGUGAUGCAUUAUCGUCGCAGCGAAAAAGAUUAACCGCAGUAACGCCAGAGAAAUUAAACGAAUCUGUAUAUGAACAGGAAAUAAUUCAUAACGUUCCGCAAACUUCUACCGACAACUUUGAAACUUUGUCCGACUGUUUGUCAGCCGAAAAACGAGCUCUCGGAUCUCGAGAGACCAAUAAUGUUCAGGAGACAUUGGGUGGAGCUGUAUCUUCUCAAUUACAAUCAUCAACACCAAAAAAGGGUAGGCUAUCCUUGAAAAAAAGGAGGAUUGAUAAUAAGAGCAUUGAGUCGCCGCUUUUAAGCGAAUAUCCACAGUCAUACAAACUUGCGAUGGACAUAGAUUGUAUCAGCGAUCGUAAGAACAUCAAUUCGCCAGUGCCAAAAGGUGACAAGCUGUUUGAUCGAUUGAAAGUUGUGAGGCGUGACUUGAACUUCAAAAUCCGCGAAAUUCAACGAACCGACCAGAAUACGAUAUCCGCCAAUACAUCAAAAGGCAUAAUCGAAGUCGAAGAUAACAAUGAAAAUGUUUCCAAAAUUUUUCAUCGAGACAAAAAGUUCAAUCAUAAUUUUACUGAUGAGUCUACAAUGUCGAAAAAGUAUCUCUCGACCAAGUUGAAAAGUGUCGAGAAUCAAGGACGUCAAUCUCUCGUGAAAUUUAUGCAAUUAGGUUCGUUAAAUAUUAGGAGAUCAAACGUCAGAUAUUUUUUCGCAGGCACGACCAAACGCGAAAUGUCGAUGCCAGCAGAAGUUCGAGUUACCUCAGAGUGCAAUAUGCAAUUAAUCAGCAAAUCCGAAAUGUAUGUAGCAACAUCUCCUAAUCUGUGGAAUGAUUCACAAAAUUCGAAUGACAUCACCGUGGUGGAGAAUAUUUGUUUCGCGAAUAAUUUAAAUUCGAAUGAAACAGUUUCAAAAGAAUUUCCCGCAUUACAGAUUUGUACAGCUUCAGCGACUUCGAUGCCCCAAAAAAAUACCGAUUCUCAUUUAAAUCAAACGAAGAACGCAAUGAUUGUACACCCUUCAAUGAACGCAAAUCAACGAUCGGAUAAAUCAAUCGAGAACGUCGCUGAGAAAAACGCGCAAUUUCUUCACAAACCGUCUUGCGUGGACAAGAACGCGAUUCACAGGAUGUCGCAUAUUCAUCCAGGAACGUCAAAAUCUAUUAAACUGCUGUCACCGGAUAAAGAUUCGCAGUUGAAGUUUCUCGCGAUAGACUCCCCAACGAGCGAGCGCGAGAAGUUGCGACGCGCGAACUCGAUUAAGUCGAUAAUCAAAGGAAACAACUUUUCUGAAAUGAAAAAUUCAUACCUCGAAACGUCAACGCUGUGCGAGGCACAGGAACCUUUCAUCGAAAAUCCCUGUAAAAAGAGAAAAAGAACGAGAUACACCAAUGACAGAAAGCUAUUUGAAGACGGGUCCAGCGAUGGAAACGAUUCCAGCAACUCGGCUGCUGACAGCAAUCAAAGUACGAUAAAACUUGACAGAUACAACGAAUUAUCUGAGAAAGCAAGCUCGAGUCGUUUGGACGAACAUAAAAAACGUCGUUUGAGUUCCUCGGACGACCAGGAUGUCGAGAUAACCUCGUCGGUUUCUAAAAAACAGGAUGCGCUCAGAAGAAAAUUCAAGAUUUCUAGCUCAGAAUCGGAAUCGGAGACGUACAUUACGAAAAAUUUGAAAAGCGACAAUCAAUGUGUCCAACGGAAUGCAUCGAUUACGGAUUCAGCUACGAAACAAUGUUCGACUAAGCAAGAUACGGGAGAUCUUCGUAUGCAGAAUAUAAUCGAUAAAUGGAGCAACGAACACAAUACGAUGCAAACAAAGUUGAUGAAGGAAAGUAAAAACAGCCAGAAUAGCCUCAAAUCGACAAAAAACCGACCCGAAGAAAUCCCGGCGAGCCAUCAAUCGUCUCGCUCAAGUAAUGCACUCAACAUGGAGAAGAACUCAAAGCCAAGCCAGAAAAGUUCCGCGAGAGAGUCUGAUAUGUUUGAGAGCAGUAGUUUCUUCAAUUCGGACAAUGUUGAUUAUAUACUGCAGUCGACAAAGAACGCGAAUGAUACAUCAAACAAGAUCGUAGAUUCUUCUAACGAUGACAUUAUAAACAAAGUGCUGCAGAUCGAUCGAUCGCGGAGUAACACCGAUGGACGGCCAGAUUCUCCUGCACGGAACGACAUCACGAUCCAAAGAAAAAAGGACAACAGAGUAUUGUUACAGGAUAAUUUCGACGAGAUCAUCGCCAACGUCGAACAGCCACAAAGCGAGGAUUUCAUACCUUGUUCUGAACAAUCAGAUCGUAAUCCCAAUCGCCCGUUGGCGAAAACGUCGAACUGUCUUACAAUGACAGAUGAAUCGUGUGGCAUUAUGCAGGAAACUCCAACCAUACCUCCGUCAUCGACGAACGACAUGUUCGAGCAAUAUUCUUCUAGAAACGUUAAGAAACUACCCGUAAUGAAUGCUAUUUCAAAAUUUCAAGAAACAUUCAACGAAUGGAUUACAAAGCAUCCUGAUAAAGAGAAUGUUGCUUGCAAUCAGAAAAGACGUGGUUACGUGAGUGAUCAAAGAGACAGAAAAGAUUCAAUGACAAACGCCAAUGCGUUUGACAAGGACUCUCCUAAGACAGUCGCAUCAAAGCAUAAUGUAUCGCGAGAGAAAGAAAAGUUCCUUGAAGAACAUAAUGUUUCAAUACAAUCGGCGGGUCAACUUGACGUCAAUAACGAUGAAAUAUACAGAGCAACAGUUGCUGAUAACGAAUCAAUUUCAAAAGAUGAUACUUUCAAUGAUUCGCUUAUGAAUAUUACGCAGCAUCAAGUUCGAUUACAAAUGUUUGAACAGGAUCUGUUCGGUAUUGCGUCCCAAAAUCAAACAAAAGCGACAAAAAUGAAUUUGCAGAAUGAUCCGUCACAAAGGGAACAACGCACUCCAAAAAAGAGAAAGCAAAAUAUUCAGGAUAAAAAUACAGAAUCAGAAGAAUGCUUCGCUGACGAAGACGACAUUGUGGAAAAUACUCCUGAGAAAAAGAUGAAGAACAACGGAAACUCCAUAACGAUCGAGUCAGGAGAAAGUGGAAAGCCAUCGUUCUUAACCCCGCUUUUGAAGAAAGCCGAAUGGACACCAAAAUCGCGUCAAAUAGUUCAACCUCUGAGGAGUGGCUCCAGUACAUCUACGAAUUUGUUCGAACCGUCUUCGCAAACGAUAUUUGAGAUGGACAGGAACAAUGAGCGUGUAAGAAACGAUAAUAUUUUAUUGGCGAAGCAGAUGAACUCAAAGAUGCUGGAGAACGUCCGUUGGAAACCUGACAAGCGAGACCUGCGCUUCGUAUGCAGCGGAUUAUCGGCGCAAGAGAUCAUCACAGUGCAAGAAUUCGCGGCGAAACACAACGCGAGUUGCGUGAAACAAUUCGAUCACGAUGUGACACACGUUGUUGUGAAGACCACCGGUGAGCAGAACACGGCGCAGAGCACAUUGAAGUAUGUGCAGGGUAUCGCCCACCGAAAGUGGUUAGUCAGCUAUAGAUGGAUCGAGGAUUGUAACAUGCAGCAGAAGCUAUUGGACGAGGUUCCUUACGAGGCAACCACGCAGACUAAUGUUGUAACUAACAGCACCGGACCUCGUAAUUCGAGAUUACGCACCAAGGAUCUCUUUGAGGGCUUUACGUUUCUGUGCAUCGAACCGUACGACAAUGUUUCACUGGACCAGUAUGAGGAUUUGUUACGUGCAACCGGAGCCACAGUGGUUGAUUCCUUCGAAGCUCUCGAUAAGAUGGGAGGCAUGAAAGGCGUUGUAAUCCAAGACAAUAUACACGACGACAAAACAAUCGAACAUUGGUAUCGAACUAUUAAGGCAGCACCCAUUCUCGUGGAUUGGAUAGUAGAAUGUAUCAGUCACUACAAAUUAUUUAACCUUACGUCCUACAACUCAUAUCUCUCGUCGCAAAAUUUUUGUGCCAUCGGCUAUCCGCGAGAACUCGUAGAAGAAGAUGAGGAGUACAGCGAUAACGAAUAGAAGAAAAAAUAUAUAUAUUUGUUUUCUGUUAAUAAUUCGUUUCAGUGUUUUAAUAUUUUCAGUCAAAAUAACUAAAUAGUUACGAUAGUAUUCUCAUAUUUACUAUAUUA